CUUACUUCCAAUUAUUGGAUUUCAACAUUUUAUCAUUCCUUUUAAAGCCUUAAAUAAAAAAGCAGAUUGCACAAUUCUUGCGAAGAAAUUAACAUCCUCCAUUUUCUGUUUCCAGAUAAAAGUUUUCUUGAUGGGGGUUAACUCCACUGACACAAACCUUCAUUCCCCCGGAGAACCAAUUCCCCAUCUUGCAAACUUUUAUGUGUUCUUCUACAUGUUUGUUCUGAUGCUCAUUUCCAACAUGGCAACCAGUAUACUACGAAAAUACAGGAGAUCACUUCCAUUGCUUCGCAUUAACCAGGUUCUACUUCUCAAUGGAUAUCUGGUUGAGAUCUUCAACACAUGUUUCACCUACAUGUGCUUUGUGACAAUGUGGUGCUCUGGUGUAAGCUACCUGCCCUAUUGGAUGGGGGUAAUCUCCUCAUCUGUCGUAUACUUCCUCAUGAACGUAUCGCUCCUGAUCUCGAUGUCAAUCUCACUUGUCAGAACUCUUUUGGUGGUCAAGUUUAACAUGAUGAUACAGCUGGAUCCAGAAUUGUGGGCAAAACGGAUUCUGUUCUUCAUCCUGGCUUUUCUUGCCAUUGUGGUUGGGGUACAAGCAUUUCAAUGCUACUCAGUUGGUUAUGUAUCUCCUCAAGAGUCCUUCUACACUGGGCUGGAAGUAUCUGACCAAAUGAACCCACACAUAAUUACCAUUCUUGGGAUUGGAUCAGUGGCCUUUCUCACAACAGUGGGUUCCUACACUUUCAACUGGUACUAUCUGAAGACCUAUCACAACACUAGGAAUUCCAUCCUUAGAACAAUUGUGGAGGCUGAGCAACUUAACUCUGUGAAGAACAUGAUCAGUAACAAGUCUCUCACCGCUACAGCAUUCUUUUCACUCCUAGCUGUAGUACUUGUUACUUCCAUGAGGCGUUAG